CCACUUAACCCCAUGUGAUAAAUUCUGUGGUGAGUUGGUUUCAGAAGUGCUUAGACCAUAAAACCUCUUUGUUUUUAAAAAAGAUCUGGAUAGGAGAGUUAGGGUAUAAGCAUUUAUCUUUAGUCCUUGCUUCUGUGUGUUUAGUUCUCAGUAUUUACAGGACCAGAUGUCUGAAGUGGAUGUGUUGUUAGGAGAAGAGUUUGGAAGAUGAUUUAUUGUAAUUCUACGUUCUCCUUUGCCCCUCCUCACUUGCUGUCUCUUAAAAUCCAGUAUUCAAUUACUUCUGUGUUCUAAUAGUGUAAAAUAAACAGUCUAGGAAUAAAAUUGGACUUGAUUUCUGAGAGGCAUUACUUUUCCCUUAACUAAAGGAGUUUAGCCCCUCCAAUGGGGUAAGGUCUUGGGUGAAAAGGAGAUUUCCUCUUCUAAUUAUGGAUGCCAGCUGCCUCGGUUCUAAUGAGCUGAAGAUGCAGCUGAAGUUUAAUUCAGGGGAGUGCUUGCUGUGGCUGUAUCAGAAAUGUUCUGUUACAUAGAGGGGGAAAAGAAUUGUCCCAGUAAAUCAGCAUGAUGACAGGUAGGCAAACAGGAUUGCUUGCUCUGGCUGCUGUUCACUAUUAAAUGUACCAUGACAAACUUUAACAGCAGUUGUAUUGUGCGUACAAGCUGUGUGGGAGUAAGGUUUCCUGAAGUUUUUUUUUUUUUGCCUCCAAAUGAAGUAGAGAGAACUCAUGCAAAUUGCCUAGUCGGUCUGUACUCCAGGGUGUUAAAAGUUGAGAAAUUUUGCUAGGGAUAAUUCUGUAAACAUCAGAACGAUGCUUCAAUUAAACUAAUGAGUAAACCUUGGGACGUGAUAUGGGCAUCUCUGGGGCUGUGUUAUGUUAUUCAGGUUUUUUUUUGCCAAGACAAGAAAUGUGGUUUUUGGGCAAAGAGGAGAUAACCUGUGGCUUUUGCAGUGAGUUCCUUUUUUCUCCAUGACACAUGGAGGAGCGGACAGCUCUCUUCCAUCUCAGUCUUCUACAACUCAGACUGUUUAAAUCUUAACCAACACAGAACUGUAUCUUUUUAGGUUUUUGUGGCAUGCUCCAUUUGUCAGAAUGCUGUUGCAGAAUGAUGUGGAACUGGUGGCCAGCUUGGCUUGUUCUCUUUGGCUCUCUCCUGUGUUUCUGAGUUCCUAAUGGAACAAAACAAAUUGAGGUUCUGAAUUUGUCUGUUGUCUUCUGCUUGUGGUGUUGAGGCAGAGAAUGGAAUCGUGGAGGUUGAUAGGUAUUCAGGGGGGUUGUGGCUUUGGGUUUGCCGUGGCAGAAGAUCUGUCUGCCAUUCAAGCUGGGGUAGCCCUAGCAGUGAGCAGCAGCACUGGCUGAAGCAGCUGAGGUUUUCUGUUGUGGUGCUGACCCUGGAGCUUCAGGCUUCUUUAACAACUCAUGCAGACCAAACCUUCCAGUACCUUUUGUUUUCCUUCCCUCUGUGGCAAGCCGGUGCAGAGCGUGGAUGGCCUGUUUGACAUACUUCCAUGGCCAUGAUUUCUGAGGUAACCCUUCUGCCUAGACACAUCACGUUGCUGUAGUCCAGCUCUUGAAUGUGUUUGUGUUGUAAGGGUCUCUGUGCAGAUUGUUAAAAUGUGUUUGUUCUACUGCUGAUUUAGCAGGAAAGGGUUGAAGCUUCCCUGCUGGAUUUUGGGCUCCCAGGCGCUUCUAUGAAGCGCAGCUAAGCAGCUGAGGGAGCACUUGCUUUCAUCCUUGUACUCAGGGCUCUGCAGCCACUUAAUACCAAAGCCAGAGUCCAGGCAGAUCCUGCAGGAAUGGAGUCAGGCUCGGACGGUGCUCUGUUAAUAGAUGUGGUGAGUUGGUAUAAAAUAUGUACAGCAUUCAGGGGAUAGGGAGAGUGAUUUCAACGGGAAACAAAUUGCAGCUAUCCCUGUCAAAAUUGAACAUCAGCACGUUCUCUCCACCACAAGCAGGAUUUAUCUCGCGUUAGCAAUGAAGUGAUAGUUGGGGCAGGCUGUUCUCUCGCUGUCAGGGAGCAGCAAGAGAAAACUGUUCUGAAGGCAUCAGUAAGGCAGAGGAGUCCUUACUGAUGAGGGGCGUAGUUCUGUGGCAGCAGAGUUAAGGAGGGCAGAGCAGAUCUGGUGGCUGGGGUCAGCCAGGAAUCUUGCCAUCAUCAGGCAAGUCUGUAGCGAGGAAGCCAGCGCAGCAGGUUGGUGGUCAGGCAGUGAUGUGCUUGUAAGGUAGCUCAAGCAAUGCACGAGGGCUGGAGCAGUUCUCAAGCGUGGGCACAGCUCUCGCUCAAGACAAAAACUACGAAAAGUUUGGGAGGAAGACUCCAGCAACGACCUUUCUUCCAAGCUAGGCAUUGACAGAAAUCGCUACGGGUUUGAUUCAUCAUCUCCAUUUGCUACUAAAAUCCGUUGCUCCUGAAACCCAUUAGAGCAGUGAGUGAUUUCAGCUGAUGCUUUCAGCCUGUUCCAUGUUCUGUUUCACGGGCCGUAGGUCCCAUCAGUUAUUUUCUUCUUCAUUACAUUAAACCUUUCUUGUGAUCUCGUGCUCAAACAUACAUAAUCUGAAACUAAAAAACACAGGCCACCCUGACCUUGAAGUUAAGGAGCUCAAUGAUGUUAUCUGAAAGUAUUUUUCUUCGAUGUGUAUUCUUGGAUGUUUUUUUUUGAAGUUUUUCAAUGCAGCUGUGUUGCUGUAAGGGUGAAAGUCUCCUCGGUGCCCGUGUUAAUGGCUCGGGUUUGGGGAAGUGGCGUAGGUGAAUAAAAUGGAGGUAGAGCUGCCUGUUUAUUUUGCAGACUUAGUGUGGCAGACUGCCUGUGUUUCCAUUGGUACUUCUCAGCAGUGCGCUACGGAAUCCGAUCCUUUGUCAGCCCUUUCUUAAUCGCAUUGUGUUUGCUGGUUUCCUCAGCCCUGCGUUUUGAUGGCAGCUAAUCCCAGCGUAUCUGCAUAGCUGAGCACCAAUCUUUUAUCCUCGCAUACACAUUUCCUCCUCUAUCCUCGCCUCUUCUUAAUCACCCUGCGUAUCUGGGAGCAGCUCUUAGCUGUGAAUGCGUUGGGGGGGGGGGGCAGCAGCUAGCCUAGCAUGUGAGAAUCAAAUGCUGCUUUCUGUCUUUCACACCUCUAAGCUACUGAGUCAUCGUUUCAUUCUCUAUGCAUAUAUAUGCAUAAUGCACACAUAAUGCAGUGAAAUUAUUAUCCUCGUGGAGACGCAGGCUGUCGGUGUCCUUUUAAUUCACACUUCUGUGCCUGUGCACAGCAGCAGCCCGCGGUGCUUAACGUCAAGCACCUGUCUUGAUCCAGUAUGGAAAUUCCCAAGCCCAUUGAUCACUUGCUUCUGCGUUACCUGGAGGUGUACCAGUACUCGACCAGGGGAGACCGGAAUGGAUGUGACCAGCCGAUGCACACUGGGAGAUCCUAACAAGCUGCCGGAAGGGGUGCCGCAGCCUGCUCGCAUGCCUUACAUCUCCGACAAACACCCUCGACAGACUCUGGAAGUCAUCAAUCUUCUGCGGAAGCACCGGGAGCUGUGCGAUGUGGUGCUGGUGGUAGGUGCCAAGAAGAUCUAUGCCCACAGGGUGAUCCUGUCCGCCUGCAGCCCGUACUUCAGAGCCAUGUUCACCGGGGAGCUGGCGGAGAGUCGGCAGACAGAAGUGGUGAUCAGAGACAUCGACGAAAGGGCCAUGGAGCUGCUCAUUGACUUUGCCUACACCUCUCAGAUCACUGUGGAAGAGGGAAAUGUCCAGACUUUGUUGCCAGCUGCUUGCCUUCUCCAGCUGGCCGAGAUCCAGGAGGCCUGCUGCGAGUUCCUUAAGAGACAGUUGGACCCUUCCAAUUGCCUGGGCAUCCGAGCUUUUGCUGACACUCACUCGUGCCGUGAACUGCUGAGGAUUGCUGACAAGUUCACCCAGCAUAACUUUCAGGAGGUAAUGGAGAGCGAGGAGUUCAUGCUGCUUCCUGCCAAUCAGCUCAUAGACAUUAUAUCCAGCGACGAGUUAAAUGUUCGCAGUGAAGAGCAGGUGUUCAACGCAGUGAUGGCCUGGGUGAAGUACAGCAUUCAGGAAAGAAGACCCCAGCUGCCACAGGUCCUCCAGCACGUUCGCCUGCCUCUGCUGAGUCCCAAGUUUCUUGUGGGUACAGUGGGCUCUGAUCCUCUUAUUAAGAGCGAUGAGGAAUGCCGAGAUUUAGUGGACGAAGCCAAAAACUAUCUCCUGUUACCCCAAGAGCGACCGCUGAUGCAAGGACCACGAACUAGACCACGCAAACCCAUCCGCUGUGGAGAGGUACUCUUUGCAGUGGGGGGCUGGUGUAGCGGGGAUGCGAUCUCCAGCGUGGAGAGGUAUGACCCUCAAACCAACGAGUGGAGGAUGGUGGCUUCCAUGAGCAAAAGGCGCUGUGGCGUUGGUGUCAGUGUUCUGGACGACCUUCUCUAUGCAGUGGGAGGCCAUGAUGGUUCCUCUUACCUCAACAGUGUAGAAAGGUAUGAUCCAAAGACCAAUCAAUGGAGCAGUGACGUGGCCCCCACCAGCACCUGCAGGACCAGCGUUGGAGUAGCAGUUCUUGGGGGCUACCUUUAUGCUGUGGGUGGCCAGGAUGGUGUCUCUUGCCUCAACAUUGUGGAAAGGUACGAUCCCAAAGAAAACAAAUGGACUCGAGUGGCUUCCAUGAGCACCAGGCGCCUGGGAGUUGCAGUGGCUGUUUUAGGGGGCUUUCUCUACGCAGUGGGAGGCUCUGAUGGAACCUCUCCUCUCAACACUGUGGAACGGUACAAUCCCCAGGAGAACCGCUGGCAUACGAUUGCACCCAUGGGGACGAGGAGGAAGCACCUGGGCUGUGCAGUGUACCAGGACAUGAUAUAUGCUGUGGGAGGCAGAGAUGACACGACGGAGCUUAGCAGUGCUGAGAGAUACAACCCUCGAACCAACCAGUGGUCUCCUGUCGUGGCCAUGACAUCCCGACGGAGUGGAGUUGGCCUUGCAGUGGUGAAUGGACAGCUAAUGGCAGUGGGGGGGUUUGAUGGCACAACGUACUUGAAGACCAUUGAAGUGUUUGAUCCGGAUGCGAACACAUGGAGGUUGUACGGAGGGAUGAACUACCGGCGGCUGGGAGGAGGAGUAGGUGUUAUCAAAAUGACGCACUGUGAAUCCCAUAUAUGUCUACAACUUGGAAUAAACCAAACUGUACAAUUCACUGUAGCGUAAGUAAUGCCAAUGCAGAGACUACGAGCUACAAUGGGAGUCCGGCAAGGAGAGUUUCCUGCCUUCCCUCCUGCUGUGAGCAUUGGACGUGGCAGCUGUGCGGUGGGCGAAAGAGGAAAGUGAUACAGAAAAACAUUGCUUUUGCCUUAUUUACAGAGAGCUUCAAAAAAAAAAAAAAUAAGUACUUGACCUGCAAGGUGCCACCUUUACACAGAAGCUUCUCUGUGCACAGAGCGUAUUUAUUUUUUCAUUUCAUUUGUAUCACGUGUUUUCUUUGUAUCGCUCACAGCGAUGAUUCCAGCUCUUCUAUACGUAUCUAUGUGUGCAUAUAUAUGUAUUUUAUAUAUAUGUAUAUGUGCGUGUGCAAUUUGAGUUUUAAUGAGUUGGUGGUUAGGGCGGGGCUAUGUCCUGCAAGCUAUCGUGGUUCCAACCCUGGUGGUAUGUAGUUGGGUCUCAGAGUACAGGAGACCUCUGAAGAUGGGUACCCUGAGUGUCUUUGCAGCCUUGCUGGAGGCAAAAAGUAGAACUGGAACUCUCAUCUAUCGACUGAAUCAGUGAAAUGCCACAGAAGAGGAUGAGAGUGAAAAGGAUUUCAUAUGAUGCCUUUUUACUGUACAGCGUAUGGUACAAAAGUUCAGCUUUUGUCUCUCACCUCCUCUGUAUUUGAACCUAGAAACAGCUAGCUGUUGCUUAUUUAAAUAAGUCUUUCUCAUGUUGCCUGCUGGAUACCACUUCUCUGAAGCUAGUAGGCAGGUACCAUCUGUUAAUUCUGGCUAGCCUAGAUCAACACUCACUUCUCAGGUUCUUGAUAGAAUGGCAGACCUGCAGUCGAGUCAGCUCCUGCUGUGAAAAAUGCUUAGACCAGCGUCACCUUAGCUGCCCUCCUGCCUCUCAUCUGUGUCUCUAGAAUUCCUGUUGUAAAACACUAGCCAUGAUGAGAUGGUGCACUCCCUUCCAGUGACUUGUAUAAAGCGCACUUUCUCUUUUGUCUAGAACGGGGAAUGGUCUGAAAUCAGAGAGGAGUUUGGAAGGGAGGGACUGCUGGCAGUGUGAAUUACUGUCAUGUUUUGGUGAGUGCAGAGGCACCUGGGGGGGAGAGAGGGAGGAGGAACUCAAGACUCAAAGGUUCUGAUAUGUUUGUUUGUACUGUAAGUACUGUCUGUACUGAAAAGACCUGUUGCACCUGAUGUAACUUUGGACCUUAUCAAAUCUGAUUUUAAAAGGACUGUGAAUUCUUGAGAUGAAGGCAGUGCUGACAUCUUAAGUUCUUAUCUUCAUAGUUUGAUUCAUGUAACAGCAUUUUAAUGUGCUUGAAUAUAGUAGAAGUUACACUACAGUAAUAAAUGGGUCAUUAAAACUUUUUAAAAGCUCCUUUUCCCCUCAAGGUUGGUAUUCUUACGUUUACAUAUGAAAAUCAUUUGCACCUUUACAAGGAAAACAAGUAUUCUGUAAACAAAUGUUUACAUUUAUCAUUUAUGCUUUUUUCUAGCAUGAGUAACUUGUAUAAAUAGUGCUAUCUUAAUAAAUUUCUUCUAUGCUGUUC